AUGCACUUUGUGGCCAGAUUGCUUGUAGCUUGUAAUUGCUCCAGUCUUGAGAAGUUCUCUCUGACAUGUAAUGUUGAUAAGGAUGCUUCUCGGGUUAAUGAGUGGCUAUAUGGUUUCAUCAACCCUAAGAUUCAAGAACUAUGUCUUCGUCUUUAUGGGAUUGAGGAACCAUUGGUCUUCCCUGACCAACUGUUUACCUGUGCUACAUUGACAAACUUUGAAUUGGAUAUGCAGCAUGUUUUCAACCUUCCUUCUUCCGUUCAUUUUCGGUGCCUUCGGACUUUGACUUUGUCUAACAUUAUAUUCCCUGAUAGUUCUUCAACACAACAGCUUUUCUGUGGUUGCCCAGCCUUGGAGGAUUUGUCCCUAAUCAAUUGCAAUUUGAAGAAUGUUCGAGCUGUUUGUAUUUGUUCUCCCAUGCUUCGACGGAUUUAUAUACUGGAGAACAAAGAUGAUAUGUUGUAUGAUAUAGGUCUUCUGAGUGAUACAAUUCGCUGCAAAGUACUGAUUGAUGGAACUAAUCUGAAGUCAUUUACUUAUCACGGCAAUGGAAUGAACGAUUUUUUCUUUUCUUAUUCAACCGUGAUUGAUGCCUCAAUUCAAGUUAAUUACGACUAUGAUGUGUGUGUUUGGACUACCGUAGUUAUUGACGGUGCCAUCGUGUAUCCUCCUGCUCCCGAGGUUGUUUCCGAGUCAGAUUUGAAGACUCGGGGACAGAGGAUUAUUGAGUCUCCUCCUCAUUCUAAAGACGCUUCAGGUUCUUCCUCCGUUCCUCCGGCUGGUCCUGGUGGUGCUCCUCCUGGUGGUGGUGAUUCCUCUACUCCGAUCAAAAAAUGA